ACGUUACACAGUGUUAAAGUCUACUGGUUUCAGAUCAGAAUUCUAGAAACCUCCAUCACCACAUUUCCUGUUUGUAACUGAACGGAGUACAUACAAAAGAGUUUAAGAAACAGAUGAGAGAAAAACACACACACAAGCCCUGAUACAGAUAAGUUUUACUACCGUGCUGCUUCUAACUACAGCAUUACUCAGAAGAAAAGCUUUGUGGGAGCAUUUUUAAUCUAUGCAUUUGUCUAAUGGCUACAUAGGAAUUUUUCUGAUAAAAAAAGAAGCAUGUCAGGAAACUCUGGAUGCCCCUUUUUUCUCUGGGGACUUCUAGCCUGCUUGGGUUUGGCUCUUGUUAUAUCAUUGCUCUUCAAUAUUUCCCACUAUGUGGAAAAGAAAAAACAAGGUAAUAUGUACAGAUACUCUGAUGACUACAUUCCAAGGGUUGAUGAGGACUAUAUUGAAGACACACCAAUUUAUGGUAACUUAGACAAUCUAAUCCCAGAACCAAUGGAUGAAAACUGUUAUGAACAGAUGAAAGCUCGGCCAGAGCAAUCCAUAAAUGCGAUGCAGGAUGUCACCGUAUCUACACAGGCGCCUGCUGAAACACAAAUGUUCUAUGCCUCACUUGAUCACAGCUUUAAGGGAAAGCGCAGAAAGCCCAGGAAACAGAACACCCCUUUGUUAGACACAGAUGGCGAUGAGCCACGCAUGGACACCACUGUUUCGGAGGCUACUUUCGUAAACAGUUUCUCACCUGAAAGCCAGGAAAUAGAGGAAAACAUUCAUGAUGAUCCUGUUAGACUGUUUGGAUUGAUCCGUGCUAAGAAAGAACCACUGAAGUAGCUUGAUAAUGAU